AUGUCUUGGAAACUCACUGAUGACGCCGAGCGGGUUCAGUUUGGGUAUGUUUCUCAUGGGAAGACCCCUGGUUCCGGCGGAUAUCAUCCUGUUCGUGGCCUAAGACCCGGGAUCAUGGGCCUUGACGCCGCGCCCCCAGACGAGAUGUUUGCAGUUGCUUCUACAGUGAGGAACAGGUUGGCUCUCCUCGGGAGAAAGCUUCCUCACCCGGAGUACCGAUGCUAUGGUUGGGCUUCUUCUUUGCCCAAGGGGUGGUGGCCCCGUAUGACUGGCUACGUCUUGGGCCGUUGGGAGAAGAUCCUGAAGAGCAGUGGCCUGUAUGUGCCUAUACGGGCUACUAUGUAUGGACUUCCCGUUAGCUGCCGCCAUUUCUUGGCAUUGUUGGAGACGUACAUACCCGAUAGCAACACCUUUCUGACCGGUGACGGAGAGUUGGGGUUAGCCCUCCAUGAGAUGCAUCAGGUUUCCGGUCUUCUGAUGGGAGAUUACCCCUAUCAGGAGUACUUUCCUUCGAAUCGGCAGUUAUGGCAGUUGAAGCAUGAUGAUCCCGACAUGUAUGACACCCUCUGGGACCUCACCUGUCAUUAUCACACUGCCUUGAUCCAGAUUUCUCCUCCCGCGAAGACAAAGAGGAAGAUUAGUUUGAGGCAGUUUGCCAAUUAUUUGUUCCAGAACUUGGAGGGUAGUUCCAGCGACUCUGUUCGCGAGCUAGAUAUUUUGACUGUCACUGCCGUUAACGAGUUGGUGGAGAAGAGUGGGGCCCAAUCCUAUACCACUGCCAGCGUUGAAGGCGCCUUCCCUGCGGGGACCAAGUUUCGCUCGUUCCUCUGCCGUGCGCAGAAGUCUAUCAAGCCUCGGUCUCUGUUGGCGGGCUAUCUUGCUCUCUGGUUGAAGAAGUGCGUUGUUCCUCACCAGUGUUCGGAUGCCUUACCUCUUGAGGUGCUUUUUCCCGCGGUUCAGUUGGCUCAUGGGAGGGAACUCUCUCUGCUUCCGGCGAUGGUUGCCAGUAUCCAUUGCGGACUCAGGAGUGUGGUCCGUAGCUUUACUCAGGUGGGUCCUAAGCCAUCUACUGUGCUCAUCUGUCCCAAGGUCGAGCUCCCCUACGCAUAUCUGAUGGCGUGGCUCGUUCUUCACCCUGUUGGAGAAGAUCAGCAGGAGCUUCAAGUUCGCAAAGGUUGGGAGUUCUUCAAGUGCUUCCCUCAGUUUUCGGGUCGCUAUGGCGACAUUUUGACUGAUGAUGAGAAACCCAGAAGUAACCGUACUAUUCUCGACAUCGGUUGUUUUCGUUGGUUGAUUAAUAUCCGUGUCGGAUAUCUUGUUUUCCGGGUGAAGAACCGAUGCUAUAUAGAGCCUUACCUCCCUUGCCGUUUUGCUCGCCAGUUUGGUUAUGACCAGUUAUAUAUCGGGAAUCCCAGCCGUGGAUUGAGGGUCGAGGGAGGACUUGUUGACGGUGUGCGAGCAUGGCUGUGGACUAUGGCGGGCUGCACCGGGGCCCAUUUUGCUCUUCCCUCUUAUAGGCGUAGGCCGAAGAUCACUUUUCUCAGCUGCAAGUGGCUCCUCUCUGCUUAUGAAUUCAUAGGCGUGAAGACCUUUUCAGAGUUAGAGUCUGAUUACUCAGUGCGGGCCGCCAUGAUGGCUGCUCGUAAGGCUGAGAUUGCUCAGAAGCAGGGGAAGAGACGCGGUAAAUCUUCUCUUGAUGAUGAGGUCGAGACUCCUGAGGGGGAGUUUGCAGAUAUAGACACCGACCAAGGCGAACUCGGUACAGGUAGAACCACUGGCGAUCAUGAGCCACUCGCUUCUCAUUCCGCGAACCCAGGGCUAGGAGAUCGAGCUGCUACGAUUAGUAAGCCUGUGCGUGAUCAACCUGUGGGUUCUGUGAGGACUGGUACUUCGAAGAGAAAGAAGACCGCUUACAAACCAUCUGCCAGCCUUUGUUUUCUCUCUUGUGCAUCUUUCCAACACUUUGGUUAUUUUGCAGAUGUCGCUAGAGAAGGGCUAGCUGGGGAUGGAGUCUUUCCGGAUGUAAGUUUUGAGGAACGGGGGUAUGCUCCUGUACCUGGUUUCUCGAAACCUGAUGCUGGACUAUUGGCCGAUAUGUUGGCCGAGCAGACUUCGGAAAGACCUAUGAGACCACUCUUUGAAAGUGGUUCAUUCACAGGACCAGGCGAUGUGCCUGAUGCUGCUAUAGCCGCGGGUGUUUUCCCACCUCCACCGAAUGAUACGACUGAUUUGCCCACGAGGGUUGACACACCCCCCAUGACCACUCCUGUCGGCACUUCGGAUUCUGUCGGGUCUCAACCCGAGGGGACUUCUACCGGCACAGGAUCUCGAUCUUCUCUUUAUGAGCAUGUCCACGCUCUUUUGGUCAGCACCGAUCCAGACAGAGAUGUUUUUCGUAUGGAUCUUGGUUAUUUUACGACCUUCUAUAAUGGUAUGAUCGAGAAGCUUCUCCAGAGGGGAUGCUGCUUUGAUCAGUUCAGGCGUUCUUUCUCUCGUCACAUGGUGAUGAUGAGGGAAGAAGGUCAUCCGGAGCUGGCCGACUCUUUCACUGCUGAAUUCGCUAUCCUGGAGUCAGAGAUCUUAGAGUUGAGAGAGUUGAAGGCUGGUGGAGCUUCCUCCUUUGCAUCUUCUCAGGUGGAGGAUAGGUUGGCGCAGUGGCAUGAACUGCGAUCUUCCGUUGGUAGCGAGCUUCGAUCACGUGAGCACACUGUCGCACAGCUGAUGGCCACUCUGGCGAGGAAGGACACAAGUAGGGCUGAGAUAGUCAGCUCCCUAGAUUCUACUCAUGCAGAGAUAGCUAGACUGAAGGAGGCCUUGGAACGUGCCGAAGAAUCUGCUGCUACCAUUACUGAGGAGCUGGUUGGGUUGGAGCGUUCUCGCGAAUGGACGCUUGACAGGCUUGGAUCAGCACAGGAGGGGUUGAUGAAGCUGCGAAGCGAAGCCGCGGAAGUUCUCAACAGUUCCGAAGAUUCUGUUCGAGCUAGCCUGCAGGCGGAGUUCGAGCAGGACUAUAUGGACAGGCUCUCCGGUUUAGAGUCUCAUAUUCUUAGCCGUCGGUUGCCUUCGGGUUGACGGACUUGUUGUUGUACGCGUUUUGCUUGAUCUUGUAUUUGAGACUCUGCACUUGCUUCUUUUCACAGGAUGUUUUGGUACACCCCCAGCCCUU